ACGUCAAAGUCAAUGUCGUUUAUUUGUCAAUUUUUUGACAAUCACCUGACCCCGUUGACAGUCACAUGUCAAAAUAUGUUUCAUUUGUUUGAAAUCAAAUUCAAAGGACAUCUCUAAAAUGAUAAAAUAAAAUAAAUUAUUAACUUCACAAAAAAAGUAUUAAAAUCAUGUCACCUGCUUUCCGAAAAGGUGUUUUUAGAUUUCUUUCAUUAGAAAAAGAAACGGAUAGUUUAUAAAUAAUGUCUCUAUCAUCAAUUCGUAUGACUCCGUGGUGUCUGCGAGAAUUACGUCGGAGCCUACGUUUAGCUAGUGUAUCUUUAAGGAGACUGCGAACAACUAUAAAUUCAGAUGGAUUCAAUAGUGGUAACCGUCGGGAUUCACACGAAUAUUGGAAUUCAUCGCCAAAAAGAUUUUUUAUCGGAGUCAGUUCUUUGAGCCUUGCACUUCUAGCGGCUGAUCGCAUAUACAAUGAGAAAAGGUUUUUUAAAGCUGCACAACUUGGUAAUGUCGAGGAAAUAAAGAAGCAAGUCGAGGCGGCAACUGAUGGGCGUCACGAUGGUGAGAGUCCUGCAGACCGUCGACACCCACUCGGAUGGACCGCACUCAUGGCUGCUGCCGCCAACGACCGGCCUGCAGCUGUCCACGAGCUCCUGCGGCUCGGCGCACGUCCAGACCUACAGGAAAAAUAUGCAGGCGCAGCUGCCGCCGCCUCCGUUGUCGGUCUCCACCCGCUUGAAGCCAUGCAGCGCCGCGAGGAUGAGUUCUGUAGCUCGAUGAAUGCUCGCGCAUCCUUCCUCGGGUGGACAGCGCUGCACUACGCGGCGCUUGCGGACUCAGCGGGAUCAGCGCGUGCUCUCCUUGAAGCGGGUGCAGACCCAACGGCUCGUGACCACGCCGGUCGUCGGGCACUACACUAUGCUCGCGACCCAUCACCCACACGUGAUCUUAUCCUGCAGCACACGCGAAGCUGGGAGCAAGCGGCCGCUGCUGCUGCUGCCGAAGAGCGCCGUCGCUUUCCACUCGAACAACGGCUCAAGCAAUACAUCGUCGGACAACAAGCGGCUAUAGAGACGGUCGCAGCGGCCGUGCGACGCAAGGAAAACGGUUGGGCGGAUGAGGAGCACCCACUCGUCUUCCUAUUCCUCGGCAGCUCGGGUAUUGGUAAGACCGAGUUGGCAAAGCAGCUGGCAAGGUACAUGCAUCGCGACGAUCCCGCCGCGUUCAUCCGGUUAGACAUGUCUGAGUACCAGGAGAAACAUGAAGUGGCUAAGCUGAUCGGCGCUCCACCUGGAUACGUGGGCCACGAAGAGGGAGGACAGUUAACGCGGGCGUUGGCUCGCCGGGCAGAUGCAGUCGUACUGUUCGAUGAGGUGGACAAGGCCCACCCAGACGUACUUACGGUUCUACUGCAGCUAUUUGAUGAGGGUCGCCUAACGGACGGUAAGGGCAAGUUGAUCGAGUGCAAGAACGCUAUAUUCGUGAUGACGUCAAAUCUAGCCGCGGACGAAAUUGCACAGUACGGUCUGCAACUGCGGCGCGAGGCAGAGGCGCGCGCGGCACAACGCACUCGCACGCAGGCACUCAAUGACGUCAAAGAAACCCAUGAGAAAAUCGAAAGCACCGAGCAGGAGACACUAGAGGUGUCGCGUCACUUCAAGGACAGCGUGGUGCGUCCUAUUCUGAAGCGACACUUUGGUCGUGACGAGUUCCUGGGCCGUAUCAAUGAGAUCGUAUACUUCCUGCCGUUCUCACGGCAGGAACUCCUGACCCUCGUGCAGAUGGAGUUGGUGCGGUGGGCGGAGACAGCGCGCCGAAGACACGCGGUAGAGCUGCGUUGGGAGGGAGGCGUGCUGGGCUGCCUAGCCGACGGGUACGACGUCCACUACGGUGCGCGAUCGAUCAAACAUGAGGUGGAGCGACGCGUCGUGAACCAGAUAGCGUUGGCAGCGGAACGCGGCGCGUUAGUACGUGGUUGUAGCGUACUACUCUCAGAACGCGCCGGACGACUGGCGAUCGCUGUACGAACACCUCCCGCCACAGAAUAUACCCCGCUAGAUCUCGCCGCCGCCUAGACCCGCUCACCCCCUAUAUUCUCACCUCGACGUAGACCCGCUACUCUCUGCAUUUCCAUGCCAAAGUAUAUACCCGCUUGACCCUCGCCGUGGUGUAGACCCACUUACCUCCUGCAUACCCAUACCAAGGAAUAUACUCCGCUAGACCUCAUCGCAGCGUAGACCCGCUCACCCCCUGCAUUCUUUUGCCAAAGAAUACACUGCUAGAUCUUGCCGUUCACGUACACCCAUCUUUAUAAAAAAUGUAUAAUAUCAUCUAUCCCCCGAUCCCAAAAGUUAUAUCGUUGUAAUUACUAUAGCAUAGGUUAUCGUUACCAGAAUAAAUCGCAUAAUGUAUUUAUUAUGUAAUAUAGAUCUGUUG